AUGGAUUCGAUCUCGUCUAGUUUGAGCUCAAUUUCUCUCGAGAGCUCUGAACUCCAGCUUCAAGUGGACUUCUUUCGAAAACUGGGUUACUCCGCAACCGAGGUCAACGCUGCGCUCUCCAAGCUAGGUCUCGGCACGGACACCAACUCCGUGCUGGAGGAGCUGGUACAGAGUCGCCGGGUUGCGUUCGGUUCAUCCGAAGAAAGAAGUGCUAACAGUCCAGAGGAUUCAAAUUUGGGGCAAGGACUCAGAACGUCGUCUCAACUCAAGGGCAAGAAGUGCGCCGGGUCUGAGUUGAGGCCAAUCGUUAUUGAUGGCAGCAAUGUCGCCAUGAGUCACGGGAACAAAGAAGUGUUCUCAUGCCGAGGCAUUGAAUUGGCAGUCAACUUCUUCAUGCAGAGAGGACACAGAGCCAUUACCGUGUUUGUUCCGUCUUGGCGGAAAGAGCAGAGCCGACCUGAGGCGGCCAUCAAAGAUAAACACAUCCUGAUGGAACUGGAAAAGCAGAAACUGGUAGUCUUCACUCCGUCACGCCGUGUGGGCGGCAAGUUAGUAGUUUGCUACGACGACCGCUUCAUUGUCAAGUUGGCAUACGAGACGGACGGCGUGAUCGUGUCCAACGACACCUAUCGUGACCUGCAGAGUGAACGACCCGAGUGGAAGAAAUGCAUUGAAGAGAGGCUGCUCAUGUACUCGUUUGUGAACGACAAGUUCAUGCCCCCAGAUGACCCUUUGGGCCGUCACGGUCCCAAUCUUGACAACUUCUUGAGGACAAAGCCACUACCGAAGGAGGAAAAGAAGCAGCUAUGUCCAUAUGACAAAAGGUGCACUUACGGCAUGAAAUGCAAGUUCUACCACCCUGAGCGAGCCAACCAGUCCUACCUGUCUGUAGCUGACGAACUGAGAGAAAAAGCCCAGAUUUCACCCAUAAAAGAGAACAUACGCUUGUCACACCCACCGUCUCAGUCCAUGCCCCCUCUACGCCCUCAGGAGCUGGAAAUGUUAGACCAUCGGUGGUCUUCACAUCCCUCUCAAGUUAGUCAAAACAAAGUCUUGUACUGGGAAGAUCAUAAUCCCGUGCCUCCCAAGUGUUCUGGGUCGACGCAUUACCACUCCACCAACCCUCAUGAGUACUUGGAUUCGGGUCUUGGCUCUUAUGAAAGUCGUUACUCUGAUGUUUGUGCUGGACCCAGACAAUGCUGUGGUUGCGCCGGAAGCCUCGACUCUGCAGGUUCAUCGCUGCUUUCAGCGCAGAACCGCAGUGUACCAAGUCCAUUUAACGCAGCUCCUCAAUGUUCGCAAAAUUACUGGUCGGAUCCUUUUCACGGAUCGCACCAUGUACGAAGAUGUCACCCAUUCCCGGGCCCGGUUCAAUCUUCCUAUAGUUGCUCCAGCUCGGAGCAGCGGGGCUACCAGCAGUUUGACUCCCAAAGACAGGAAGUGCGCAAGAACCUGCAAGCCAUUUUUGGUCCUCAAAAGGUGGAUGCAGUGAUGGACAUGUACCCUCAUGUGAUGAGCGCUGAGAAACUGGCAGCCGAGAUUCUCAACCAAAGAGCUCAAAAUGCAAUGUUCCUCUAA